AUGUAUCAGGCCGUUCUGUUUCGAGGGCCCAUCGCCCAGAACUUUAACUACUCGGAUGCCGUGCUGCUCCCGAAGGGCGACCUGCCCACCAAUGAUGCUGCUGUCUUCAAGCAGCCGUCUGACACGAGGCCCAUCGCGCUCUCGGACACUUGCAAUAAGUUCCCCACCCAGUGGUGCCAGCAGCGGAUCAGCGACGAGGAGGCCUACAUCACCACCCGGUGCCAGCCACCAGCACAGCGAGGGCAUUUUGUUCCACAUGCGUUGUCGGUGCGAUGGCGCACGCACGGCGGCCGGGCCAUUGGAGCAGUUGGGCUGGUCACCCAGCGAUCUAUUCGAUUGCCCCGCGAUGGCGCGGUGCAUGCGGCCAAAAUGGUGCCAGACCACUUCGGCGGCCACUACAAGCUCCACAUCGACUGCCUGGCCACCUGGCGAUGCACCCAGUCUCGUGUCCAGGCCGCGGUGGACAAGUUGGAGGGCGUGCAGAUGAUCGAAGACAAGCCACACUUUGGGACCGACGCAGACGAAGCAUUGGUCCUUGAGGACUGCACCGAGGUGACCCGACAGGCCGCCAGACUGGCGGGCACCAUGCUCCUGGCCGAGGUCAAGGGCAAGGACCACAUGGGGCUCAUGGUCUUGAGAAUGAUCGGCACAGGGCACGCGGGGACGGCGGCCGCGAGUGCGAGUGCGACCGCGAGGACGACGGCCGCGGCCUCGACACUGCAGCCGCCAGAUGACGACUUUGGCAUCGGCAGGAUCGGCGACCCGCGUCGCCAAGGCCUGGGGAAUGGCGGGGCCUCUGGCGCCGUUGGUCUGCGCCCACACGCCGCCGCGAAGCGGCGGGUGGUCCUUGCGGAGGCCGCCUCGGCGGGGGCCCCCGCCCCGCGGCGAGUCCCGCCGCCGCCGCGGUGCGCGCGCGCCGCGCGCGCGCGCCGCGCCAUGCUCGGCGGCUACGCGUCGUCGGCGUCCGACGAGGGCGCGGAGCCGGCCGCUGCCGCCGAUACGGCGGGCAGCGGCUCGGAAGCCGAGGCCCAGGGCGGCGACGCGGCCGCGGACAAGGACGACGAUGGCGAGGAGGACGAGGAGAGCGAGGAGGACGAGGGCACUGGCGGCGGGGUGCUGCCCUCUGCUGGCACGGCCUUUGCGAAGAUGGGCGAGGCCGAGUUGGGCUUCAAGAAGUUUGCAAAGGACAAGGAGAAGCAGCGCCGAUUCAAGGAUCACGCCAUCCGCCUCGACCGCAUCAUGGCGGCCUCGGCCUCCAGCAUGAGGAAGAGCGGGUGGCAGCCCGGCCAGGAGGCCAAGGCCGCGCUCAUCCCCGGCGAGGCGGCCGGCGGGCCGCCCAAGAAGCGGGCCGCGGAGGCGGACGACGCGCCGGCCGCUGGGGGCGCCGCGCCAGCCGCCAAGGGCGGCGGCAAGGGCGAGAAGGGCAAGAUGUCGGUGAAGGACAAGACGAGGCUCAAGCGAGCGAAGGGCCAGUCCGGCGAGGACCACUCCGGCCGGAUGUGGAAGCCCGAGUCUUGGAUGAAGAUCCGGCAGGAGUUCGACUGUGCCGCAUUGGCGUCGGCGAGCCCAGUCGACGGCUUCGUCCCCGUCGGCAGGGGCACUGGCGUCGCGUGCCGCUCCGAGGGCCCAGACUCGCCGGACGGCUGUGACGGAGACGAGGUCAACCGGAGUGGCUGCACCGUCUUCACGAAGGUGGCCAAAAUCGACGAGUGCAAGGACCUCUGCAGCAGAGAGGAGGCGUGCACCGGCAUCGAGUACUCCAGCGAGUUCCAGCGGUGCGAGGUCUGGAAGCUGAAUCUGGGCGCCGGCGCUUCCGUGGAGGGCUUCCAGUGCUUCGCGUACCAUCGCCCCUGCUCGGCGGUCGGCGAGAGCUGCUUGCUGUCGGGUUGCUGCCUCGACGUGGGCAGCGCCUGCUAUCAGAAGGACGAGUUCUGGGCGGGCUGCCGGUCCGAGUGCGUCCCUGGAGAGUCGGACAGCUCCGGGCCGGACGAGAAGCCGUGGAGCUGCACGGAGGUGCAGAAGCCGGGGAGGUCGAAUGGCACGUGCGCGGCCAUGGGCGAGAAUUGUUCGGGGACGGGUUGCUGCAACAACCCUGCGCUGGGCUGCUUCGAGAAGACGUCCGAGUGGGCGGGCUGCAGGCGGACCUGCGAGCCAGGGCAGCCCGACCCGAGCGGCUCCGACGACCAGCCUUGGUCGUGCAAGGAGCGCCUCUCCGCCGACCGCCCUGACAGGGAUUGCUUAAUGCAGAUAGUCAUGACCGUAUCCGCUGGGAACGUCAGCGACAAGCUCCGCCAGCCGCUUCUCAACAGCACCGCCCGCCUGGACGAUAUCGCAGCGCAUACUCAGGGCCUGGGCGGUGAGGCUCUCGGCAGUGGCCACUACGAGAACGAAGGUGCCGCGCUGGUGCAGCAGGGGGCGGAGGUGAGCACCCUCCGAGGAGGCACCGCGCGGGCGGACACCGCCGAGGGAGGCACCGACGUGGACAUGCUGAAUCGCCGCGAAGGUGACGAUGGCGGGAGGUUCCUCAAUCUGUCAGAAAUUUUCGGGUCUGUUGAAGCCGACGCGCAGGCAUACGCUGAUGUGCGCUCUCAGAAGCCCAAUCAAAAGGGCAUCUGGGGUAGGACGAUGAGCGGCCUUAUGGGCGACCCAGACUCGAUACCGUUCCUCAGGGGGAACACUGAUGACACGGAGCUGGACAAGCUGAAAAGCGUAGGCUUGAAGCUCAACGAUAAGGGCGACCUACCAGUGUUCAAGAGCGCUUUGGUCACGAAUUGCGCAGUACUGGUCGGUUGCCUGAUGGCGUUCAGCGGGCUCCGCCUCCAGUAUCCGGAGGUCUAUGCCAACAACGUGCGGGAACCUGCGGAGGACGGGUACGGCACUGCGCCCUUCAAGCCGUCCCUCAGCUUGCUCGGUUGGGUGGCAGCCGGUUGGUCCGUCACGAUUGACCAGGCCGAGCGCACCAGCGGCCUGGACGCUGCCAUGAUGAUCGAGUUCCUGCAGUUCAGCAUGAAGGCGCUGGCGCUCGUGGGGGCGCCCCAGCUGUUCGUCCUCUGCCCGCUGUACCGCUUCUGCGGCCGGGGCCAGGCCGGGGUGGAGAACGACAUCCUGAGCAUGGUCGACAUGAACAACCUCGAGGACGGCCACUGGCUCUUCUGGGCCUACUCGGGCAUCGUGUGGUACGUGGUCGCCGGGACGCAGGCGCUGAUCUUCCGCACGAUGCGCAGCUUCUUGGAGAGGCGCUUCCGCUGGCUGAAGGAGCUGGAGCCGCCCAGGUCCUCGACCCUUCUGGUGGAGGCGGUCCCCGAGGAGAGCUGUUCCGACGCGGAGCUCAAGGCCUACUUCAGCAGGUUGUUCCCUGGAGACUCCGUGGAGUCGGCCUACAUCGUCAAGCACACGGAGCGGCUGCAGUACUUGAUGGAGCAGUUGCAGAUCAAUUCCCAGUUUUGGGAGCAGGUGCAGUACGCGCGGGCACAGCAGCUGGAGAGAGCGCGCCUCGCGAGCGGUGAGCUCGAGGGCGGCAAGCUCAAAGCGGACCCGGACAUGGAGGAGAGGGUGGACCACUACGCGGGCAGAGUCCAGGUCGUGGAGAAGCACGUGCUUGCGGAGCGGAAGCGCAUCGUGGAAGAUUCGGCCGAGCCGCUGAUCCAGACCAUCCGCGACGGCAAGACCGUGAAGUGUUUGUCCAGCCACGCGAGGGCCGUGAACACCAAUUGCGGUUUCGUCACAUUCAAGACCAAGCGUGACGCCAUGAUCGCGUUGAACAUGAGGUGCACCGCCGACCAGGAGGAGUUCUUCAUGUCCAUCCCGCCAGAUCCGCAGGACGUUAUCUACAACGACCUCACGUACACCCCGCAGAGGAAGACCUUGCUUGCGGUCCUUGGUCACGGCGCGAUCUUCGCGAUCUUCAUCGGCUUCGUGCCGAUCGUUACCUUCGUGUCGGGCUUCACCAACCUGCGGCAGCUCGAGAGGACGAUGCCCGCCACCAGCGAGUACAUAUCGCACUACCCGCUCCUGCUGUCCCUGAUGGAGGGCGUGCUGUCCUCCCUCGCGCUGACGCUGUUCACCGCGUGCCUGCCGACCGUCCUGAUGAUGAUCAUCUACCGGUGCUUCCUGAUGGGUGCCCACGCGUGGGCGCAGCAGCGGCUGCAGAUCGUCUACUUCUGGUUCCAGAUCAUAUUCUCGAUCCUGGUCACGGCGGUGGGGGGCUCGCUGCUGGGCAAGAUCAAGGAGAUCGUGGACAAGCCCAUGGACACCUUCGGGCUGCUGGCCGAUCACCUGCCCGGGGCCACGCAUUUCUACCUCAAUUUCAUCGUCAUGCAGUGGGCCACCCACGGUUUCGUCAUGACCCGGUACAUGCAGCUCUUCAAGUAUUUCGGCUUCCGCGCGCUGCUGGGCAAGAGGCGUGCCGUAGAGUUGGCCGAGCCGGAGGACCAGGACUACUACGGCAUCGGCUCGCGGAUGGCGCGCUGGAGCGCCACGGUGCUCAUCGGCAUCAUCUUCUCGACGCUCUCGCCUGCGAUCACGGGCCUGACCUUCAUCAAUUUCCUGCUCUGCCGCAUCUGCUACGGGUAUCUACUCGUCUUCGCCGAGACCAGGAAGCCCGACUCGGGGGGGCUCUUCUUCGUCAACGGGCUCCGGCACGUGCAGUACGGAGUCAUGAUCUACGUCAUCCUCUUGAUCGGCGUCAUGGCACGCCAUGCCAAGAGCAACGGCCCAGUCAUCAUGACCGCCCCUGCCGCCCUGUACCUGAUGUAUUGCUGCUACAGGUUCCGCGUGGGCUUCAGCUAUGAGAUGCUCCCGUUCCAGGACGUCGUCUCGCUGCCCAAGGAAAGGUCAAAGUUCCACACCGACGAUGACGGGUCGCGAGCGUACACGCAGCGCGAGCUGACAGAGACAAUCAAGAAGCAGUGCAUCAAACACGGAGCUAGCUUUCUCAAGUAUUCGGAGACACCGAAAGCGACCAAGGCAGUAUUCAGCAGGGAGGCGAUGACGCGCAGCAAGGAUUUCCUCAUUGACAUGCGAGGGUUGUCUCCCAACUUGGCGUUCAAGAAAUCAGAUAUCAACAGUGCUCUCAAGAAGAUAAUCAAGGCAAUGACUGACCCUAAGAAGCCAGCGUGGAAGAUGUCACAGUCCGAGAAGGAUGACUGGAUCGAAACGAUGACCAACCGAACGUACAACCUCAUAUGCCACGCUGGCGAGGCCGUCAGGGACAACAGGACGUGGAUCAUCGAGCUAUUGGGCGACGCGCCAGACCAGGGCGACGACGCCGAUGACGAGGUGUCGGACGAAUUGGUCGAUCCAGACUCCGCGACGGCAGCUCCGAGCGCGACUGAUCGGGACAGCCAGUGGGAGUACUCGUGGUCCAGCGAGCUCAUGCUCGGCAACAGGGUCGGCAUUGGCCCAAACAACAAGGGCGUCGAAGAGGUGUCGCUCCCCAUCCACAUCGACGAGGGCACCAAUCUAGAGGAGCUGGUCGAGGCAAGAUGGAGGGAUGGCACGACGCACAGGUUCCGCAUCUCAGUGGCGGAGUUCACCAUCGGCAAGUCUGGCAGCCGCGCUCGCAGUAUUGAUGCGAUGUGGACUGGCGAGCACUCGGCGACGCACAACGUGUUAACGUUGCAGCAGCGCACCGAUCGCAUGCAGCUCCUUUCGUUGUACGACCAGGGUGCGCAGAUCUUGCAGGUAUCGCUGUACAAGUUCGGGGGAUUGCCGAUGCCCCAGCCUGGUCAAGUUCCCAAUGAUGAUCCGACCUUACGGAAAGCAGUUGACUUCAUGCUGCCGUUCUGCAAGAUGUGGGAGUCCGACAAGGUGCAGGACAAGAAGGAGUUGAAGAGGCUGAAGGACGAGGCUGAGAAGGGCCAGCAGCUACUUCAGCAGUGCCCUCCAGCACGCAGGAACGCCAUGGGCGCCAAGGACGUGCUGAAACGCCCAGCCGCCGCGCCCGCGGCGCUGAAGCGCCCAGCUGGCGCCGCCGAUGCACCGCUGGCCUCGGGGGGCGUGUCGGUCGCCGCGGACGGCGGCGGCGCUGUCCAGGGGGGGGUGGAUAUCGCCGAGCCCGCGGCGAAGAAGGCGAAGGCAAAGGCAACCCCCAAGGCUACAGCGGCCAAGUCGGGGUCGAUGGCGGUGGCGGCCCGCAGCCCAGUGAAACUUUCCGUCAGCCGUGCUUCGAGAAUGGAGAUGGUCAUCCUGGACAACAAGAUCGACGUGACCGACGCCGAGGCGAUCUGCGGCGCCCAGGCUUCGGGCAGCGGCCAGGCGAAUACGCCGAGUGGUGUGAGCCACGGCGCGUCGGGCAACGCUUGCCCGCACGGAUCGCCGCAGUUGGGAGGCAAGUUUGUCGGGAAGGCGUUCGAGGGCGUCAAUGCUGACGACAUUCGCAGCCACUUGCAUAAGAUCGACCAGUGCCGAGUGAGCGAGGCCAACAACGAUGAGUUCGAGCGGCUCAUCUGCAGCGCCAUCUCAAGUUCAGCACCGCCGCAGCCGCCAGUGACACCCAGCAAGAGGGAAGCUGAUCUGACCAAUGCAAUCAAUACUGGGUCGAUCCCUUCGCGGUCUGCGCUCGACUCGGCAUUUCGCAAAGACCACCCUGUUGGGAGCCCGCAGCACAACGAAUACACGAAGGGCACUACAUCGGAGAAGAGGGCGUUCAAAAUUAUUAAGUGGGCCCAGACUCAGCUCGACGAGAUCAAGAAGGAGAAGAUGCAGUCCGAGAUGCUGUCCCAGACCACCCGCUCCAAGCAGGACAUGUGCACGUUCGGGGAGCUGGUCGUCGGCUACGGCGGAUGGGAGUGGCCCGCGGCCGUGGAAGGCGCGAAGAGGACGGCGGCCAAGUGCGCCAAACUCGGCGGCAAGUGGUGCUGGCGCGACGAGUGGUCGGAGCUUCUCUUGCAUCGCAGGAUCAAGCACGAGGACGAGGAGGAGUUCAAGAAGGCGUGGGCAGAGAUCACUACCUCGAGCAGCCAGGGCAGCAUGAGUGAGUCGUCGGCGGCGCACUCGGCCGCGCAGGUCGCUGUCGAGAUGCCCGCAGGCGCCGCGCCGCCCAACGUCGAUGCACCCUCCGCCGUGCAGCCGAGUGACGCUGGCGCGGCGGCGGCAAGCGGGGCGGCGGCCAGGAAGAGGAGCGGCGGCAACCCCGACGAGAAGGAGCCGAAGACCAAGACCGCCAAGACGGAGACGACGCUGUCCGCGGCCUCCAAGCUCAAGCCGCUGCACCUGAAAGCGGCGCAGGGCGCCGAGCUCCUGAUCAGGCAGAUCGGCGAGUCAGACGCUUACAAGUGGGCUCGCGGUAGCGAGCUGGAGGAGCUCACGCAUGCGUUGGAGAUCGUCCGCGACGGGAAGACCGAGUGCAUCAACGAGUUCCUCGUCACGAAGGACGCGAAGCAGUUCGCCAAGAACUACGACGAGGGGGCCUGCGUGUCGGAGCUGAACAAGUUCAACAGCCAGAAGGAUGCCGUCAAGCGGCCCGAGUCGAAGCUGAAGCAGAUCUGCGCCAUGCACAAAGACCGGCUCGGCGCCAUGGCUGCCGACGAGGUGCUGCCAGACAGCUCCGACUGUGGCGACAACGACGACGACCCAGCUGACAUGUUCAUUGAGUUUUGUACAGAGUUGUUGUUGGCACGCGAGUUGAGCGCAACCCAGUUUUGUUCGCUAAUGUACUACGUUGGCAUUGCUGGCAUUGACAAGGCCGCCAAGGUAGGCAUGAGGCCUGGCUCUCACAGCGGCAACGAACAACGAAAAAUAAACGAUCACAUCGGCAGAACCCAGGACCGUGACGAGAUGUAUUUUUUGAGCCUGCCAUGCUUCGACAACUCGUCGUUGGCACGAUCGGUUCGACAGUUGCCAGUUUUUGUGCCGCAUGAACAGCUCGAUGUCGGCGUGGGCCCACACGCCCGAACCUCCCUGAGAGAAGCAAUCGACAGCAAUGAGCUGCCCAAUUCGUAUGCCCAGCACCCUGUUGUAGUGAGGCAUGGUAGUCGCGAUGACCCCGUUCGGCCUCUGUGUCUGUACCUGGAUGGCGUUCCGUAUUCGCACACCGACAGCGUCAUCGGCGUGUGGGUGGAGUGCUUCGUUGAUGGGGCACGGCACCUCGUUGCGGCUCUCCGCAAGAAGUCUCUCUGCCGAUGCGGUUGCAGGGGCUGGUGUUCGAUAUCAGCGUUAACGUCGUUUCUACGGUGGUCAUUUGCGGCCAUGGCCGACAAGCGCUACCCUGAGAAGCGACGCGACGGCGAAGCGUGGGUCGAGUCUGACAUUCAGAGACGAGGGCGCGCGGGCACCGCGCUCGCCAUGCGUUCAUGCCUGCUCUUUAUCAAGGGAGACUGGGCCGAACACGCUGGAACGAUAGGCUUGCCAACGUGGUCUGAUAUAGCGCGGCCGUGCUACAGCUGCAAUGCUCACGGUGCGGGGAUGCACCGCGUUGCUGGCGCUUGUCGCACGGGCUUCCCCCACAGGGGGAACUUGGAGCACGAGUGCGACGAUGCAUGCAGCCGUUGUGAAAUCAUUAUUCCGCUGACCCCCCAUCUCAGGCAACUUAUACUCGAUGUGGGCAAGCUGCGUUAUGACAAACGGCCAGCUGGCAGUCACGGUCGCGCACUGGAGAAUCCGAUACCUCUGCUGGAGCUGGAGCGAGACGAUCGGCUGGAGCCGUGCCCAGACCUCCCAGACGUGGGGAAGUUCGAGCAGCUUGACUUGUCCACCGUCAAACGCAUAGCGUUAUGGCGCCAAUCGAGGGAGACGUUGACACGCCACAGGAAUCCGCUCUUCAGCACAGACCCCCCGGCCGCGGAGUGGGCCGCGGGGGGGCUGCUGGCGCCGGAGCCCGCGGCCGCGGGGCCGCCCGAGGAGUGGCGGGCGGAGGGCGGCGGGGCAGCCUCGGAGCGCGGGGAGGAUGGCUCGUGGAUGAGCAUGGAUCGCGUUGAGGAGCUUCAGCGGGGCGUCGACUCUGAGCUCCGGCAGCUGCAUCGUGCCGCGCACUCGGCGGAGGCCAGCGACGAGGCGGAGUUCUCCGAGCAUGGCGGCGGCGUCGGCGGCGAGGCCGAGCUCAUUGGCGGGGCGGCCGACGUCGGGCAGCCCGAAGACGAGGCCGAGCUGACCGGCGUGGUGGCCGAUGUCGGGCAGCCAGAGAGCGAGGCCGAGCUCACCAGCGGGGCGGCAGACGUCGGGCAGCCAGAGGGCGAGGCCGCGCCGGUCUCCCCCGAGCUCGGCCAGGACGAGCUCGCCGGCGGGGCGGCCGGCGCGGGGCCGCCCGCGGAGGGCGAGACCGCGCGCGGGGCUCCGGAGCGGGGCCCGGAGGCCCGCGGGGGCGGCCAGCGCGCCCGGGGUGCGGCCAGCGGCGGAGGGGUCGACGGCGGCCUGAGCGACAAGAAGGUGGUCUUCACCGGCACGAUGGAAGUGAAGCGCGUUGAUGCAGAGAGGGCGGCCGAGGCAGCUGGCGCAAUUGUUCUCCCAGACGUGUCUGCCAAGAUGGAUCUGCUUGUGGCUGGUCAGAAAGCUGGCUCGAAGCUCACCAAGGCCAAGGAGCUCGGGAAAGAGGUGUGGGACGAGGCAACGUUUAAGCGCGCAGCUGGCUUGUGAUGCCUGCUCGUUGCACGCCGCAGGCGCCUCAGGGAGCCCGCUGCCGACGGGCUGGCCUGCUCAUUCCCCUCCUGUUCAUCAUGUUUUCCAACCUCCGGACUCCAGGGGUCUGAGGACCACCACCCCGGCGCGCGAGGGGUCGGCGGACUGACGCUGCCGGCGUGAGGCGCUCCCGGGGGAGAGCGCGGGCCGCCCCCGCGGGCGGGGGCCGCGGGGGCGGCCGUGUGCCGAUUGAGGCACUGAGGCCGCGGCGAUGCGGGCCGCCCCCGGGGCGGGGAAAGCGGGGAGCGGCCCUUGCAGUCGACACGUCGACGAAGCCCCUGAGGUCCGGGCGUCGCAAUCGUUGUUCACGCCGGGCGUUUUUGCAUGGGUUCGAGCCCUGCCACGCCCUCGCUCACGCAGCGAUCUGGCUCGAGACAUGCCGCAGGAGGUCGG